CCGAGGGGCUCGUGAAGGUAGCAUCAGUCUCCGGGAUCCUGGGUGUGUGCAGUCAGUUCAGCUCAGAGACUGAGAGAAAACACUAGGAACCUCUCAACGUGAGUCCAGCUGUGCCUGUCAUCUGUCACCUUGUUUGAAAACUUCUACUCUUCCUCCACCGGACGGACCGAGAAUGGGAAACUCUCCGAGCUAGUUUCUGAAGAGAGGACACACAUUCAGGGGGGAACUGUGCUAUAACUACCAGUCCAGGUUGAGCCUUCAGUCACAGCAUUUACCUCCAGAGAAGGAACAGGAGCACAGUGGAGAUGCAGACCUUUCUGAAAGGCCGGAGAGUCGGCUACUGGCUCAGUGAGAAGAAGAUGAAGAAGCUGAAUUUUCAGGCCUUUGCUGAUUUGUGCAGGAAAAGAGGAAUAGAAGUUGUUCAGCUGGAUCUCAGCCAGCCUCUGGAGGAGCAGGGUCCCCUGGAUGUCAUCAUCCACAAACUGACUGACCUCAUCCUGGAGGCUGACCAGAAUGAUUCACAGGCUGUGCUGCUCGUUCAGAGAGUACAGGACUAUAUUGAUGCCCACCCUGAGACCAUCGUUCUGGACCCUCUCCCAGCCAUCCGAACUCUGCUGGACCGCUGCAAGUCCUACCAGCUCAUCCACAGGAUAGAGAGCUGUAUGCAAGAUGAGAGGAUUUGCUCUCCUCCAUUCAUGGUCCUGAACACUGAGUGCAGCCCAGAUGUGCUGGAGCAGAUCAGGAGGCAAGGACUCACAUUCCCCUUCAUUUGCAAAACACGGGUGGCUCAUGGCACCAACUCCCACGAGAUGGCCAUUAUCUUUAGCGAAGAGGACCUGAAGGACGUGAAGCCUCCCUGUGUGAUCCAGAGCUUCAUCAACCACAACGCAGUGCUCUACAAGGUGUUUGUGGUGGGAGACUCCUACACUGUGGUGGAGAGACCUUCACUGAAGAACUUCCCUGCUGGGCCAGCAGACAGGAAAGCUAUUUUCUUCAACAGCCACAAUGUUUCCAAGCCAGAGUCGUCCUCAGACUUGACCUCGAGAGAGAACGUAGAGGGAGUGUCUCAGCCACCCAACGAUGAUGUCAUCAGGGAGUUGUCCAGGUCCUUGCGGGAGGCGCUGGGCGUGUCCCUGUUUGGCAUCGAUGUCAUCAUCAACAACCAAACAGGCCAACAUGCAGUCAUUGACAUCAAUGCAUUCCCUGGUUAUGAGGGCGUCCCAGAGUUUUUCAACGACCUCCUGAACCACAUCAGCAGCGUGCUCCAGAGCCACAACCCCGACUUCGCCCCCGCCAGUGAGCAGCCCAAAGGCCUGCCCGUGAGCACCACGGUACCCAACGCCGUCCCGCCGGCCCCCGGCUGCUGCAGCAUGCUGGGCAAAGACGCCAGCGGCAGCCCCUGGAUCGUAGAGGGCGAUGGAGGCCUGAAGGGCUCGCGUCAGAGACUGGGCUGCAACUCGGCCAUGUCCCCCAACUUCCAGCAGCACUGUGUCUCCACGAUAGCUACCAAGGCUUCCUCCCAGUGACUGAUCCCCUGCCCCCACCCCCCCAACUCCGUUUGAUCCCUGAACAAAAAAACGGAUGACAAUGGUGACAAUAAUAAUGAAUAAUAAUCAUAAUAAUUAUGAUGUUAAUGAUGAUAAUAUAUCUAAUCAAAAACAAACCUUUUCCUAUAUAGCUAUUGAAAAUGAUGGUGAUUGGGUGUAAGCUUUUUUCUCUCUGCCUUUUUGUAUUUUUCGUUUUGUCUAAUGAGACUUAACAGUACUGUAAUGUGAACUUUUGGGAACUUUUGCCUAAUCGCUGAUUUUAUUUUUCUCUCUUGUGUGAGUUCUCUGCUAUGAAAGGGUCCAGAUAAGGUAGCAAACGGGAAUGGCCGAAUCAGGACUGGAGAAAGAUGUGCCACUAAAUGUGCAAUGUUAUGAUCCCUUGUAUAUCUCUCUCACACACACACACACACACACACACACACUCACAUACGCAACACAGGUACGCUUACAGCGCGACGGACCGUGCCAGUGAUGUGUGUUUGUAUUCUGGUCAAUAACCACUGACUCCUCUGCACAAAGUGAGGGGGAGGAGAGGCGACUGGGCAUUUGAACACUACUACUACAGAUCCCAGGCUGCUAUGUGACAGCGGCCGACCGACGGCAGAGGACAUGAUGAGUCUGAACAUGAAUGAUGAGAUAGUUUUGGGUUUUGUCAGAUUGAACAAACAGGUAAUCCGAUUACUUUUCAGAGUGCCAUCAAAGUUACUUCAAGUAUAGGAAGGACACCUUCAGACAGACAAUAUAUUUCAAAGGUUAAAAAGACGAAAAGUAAAUCUCCAUUACCACGUGACCAAGUUUUGUUUUUUGUUUUUUUAAAUUGAUUGUUGUUGCACCAGUGUUUAUAAGUCUUUGAGUGUUUUACUGUAACGUCAGAUCCCAGAUGUUAGGUGUUCAACAAACAAACCACAUCCUUGUUUUGAAUCCCAGUUUGAGUCACUCCAGUGCAGGAAGACGAGGAUAACAUUCCUUUUUUGUGUGUUUUGUGGAUGUUUUCAGAGAAUUCCAUGAUUUCUUUUCCGAAUUCCAGUGGGAUCUCAUGAGAUUUCUCACAUCACUUCAUGGGUUUUGCCGUCUCCUUAAACACAACUCUCUACGUGUCUUCAGCGCUUUUCUCUGUAAGGUGAGGAAAACAACUCACCUGAGGCCUAUCAACAGACAUUGCUAAUUAGAAAAUCAAUUAUUCCACUAAAAUUAAGGCAAAAAUGUGUUUGAACACCCACCUAAAUUGGGUGUCAUUACUUUGCUGCCAUUUACAAAAUAACUGAAGAAUUUGUUCGGCUUUAUCGUCUCGAUUUAGUUCCACUCUAACAGCUCUCCUUGCAAAAUGCAAUUUAAUGAAUCCCUCAGUCCAGUUGGUUCUUUUGCUUCAAGCUUAAUACUCCGACCCGUCUUCUGUUCCAGCUGCUGUAUUUGUGUCACAUGUUAAAAUCAUUUGGAGGGGAAGUGGUGGGAGGAGGUCCAGCUCUUGUUCCCAGUGUUCACUGUGAGAUUUUUUUACUUCAAUUUUGUUAAUAUCUUUGUCCUUACAUCUACUAAGAGCAACUUUAUUUUAUUGAGAUUUUAUGGGGGAAAAAAAUGUUUUAUAUAAAUGAAAUGAAAGCACGUGAUGAUUUCGAACAAACAGUGGACAUUUACUAGAAGAAUAGUACAAUGCUAGAUGCGGUUGUCAAAGGGACAGAGGAGCCUGCAGUUGAUGCUGUUGUUUCCCUCUAGCAUCUAGUGGGAACAAGCAUCAACCUGCAGCACAUACAGAUUGUUGCGCUUCCCCUGAGCCUGCUUCUUCUUCUUCUCUUGUCCCAGAGAGCUCCUCCUAGCCGUUUUAUUUCUUCCCAUCCGAGGGUACAGACUGUCCUCUCACUUGUGAUCAUAAAUAACAGUGUCACUGCAGCCAUCCCACCAGCAUCUCUCUGGGACAAAAGAACACCAAAGACAUUCACUAGAUACUUCGUAUUGUGAGAUAAAACGGUAAGUUAUUCUGUUUUAAUUCCCCAGAAUCUGAGUGUGUACUGAAGCAACAAUAAAUUCAAAAUGUUAAAAUAUUGCAGCAGGCUUAGGGGAACCUCUCACAUCCUUUUCCUCUGAUCUAGAUGUUUCCUCAUCUAGAAACAGGCGAAGUCGAGGGUGUGUUCCUGUUCAUGUUGGAAAGGCUGAUAUCUGUGUACGCCACUAUACUGUGUCCUAUCUCGUGUUCCUAAUUGUGCUUCUAAAUGGGAAAUAAAUGGUUAAUCCUAUCCUCAAUCAUUUCCACAACCCAGACAGUGUCAUCCUACUCCCAGCUUCCACCUGAAUGUUUACUUCUUGGGUGUCUUGUACAGUAGUGUAUAUAUGCCUAGGCUUACAUCCGUACAGUAUGUUGUUUUGUAUCAGUUCUGUAAUUGAGAGGAAUCCACAAUUUUGUGACCUUUUUUAAUUAAAUGGCCAAACCAACAGGGCGAAAUAAACAUAUGAAACCUCA